AUGUCCUUAAAAGAUAAAGUUGCCCUAAUAACUGGCUCCACUUCUGGCAUUGGAAAAGCCAUAGCAUUGAAACUGUCAUCAAUGGGAGCAUCGGUUGUCAUCACUGGUAGAGAUGAACAGCGAAUCGACGAAGUGGUCGACGAAUGCAGACAACUGACAGCUGGCGGUGACGGACAACAAACAACAGCUAUCGGUGUUUGUGCCGACAUAUUGCUCGACGAAGAUAUCAAUAAACUGUCGGACACUGUGCUGUCAGUGUACGGCAAAUGCGAUAUAUUGGUCAACAACGCCGGUGUCUAUCGGUUAGCUGGCUUUGGUUCGGCCAACUAUAUGGACACCUAUGACGAGGAGAUGAAAUUUUUACGAUCCGCUCAACUGUUGACAAAAUUGUUGACCCAAUCGCUUAUCGACAGUAAGGGUAGUAUUGUUAACAUAUCGUCAUAUUAUGAUAAUCCGUUUCCGCUUGCAUUGGCUAAUAAUAUUAACAAAGUUUGUACAGAUAUGCUAACUAAAUGUCUGGCACUGGAGUUAAAACCUAACGGUGUUUGCGUUAAUAGUAUCAGUCCCGGUCUUAUAUCGACGCCAUUAGUAACUAAUAACCCAAUGCUAAGCAAAUGGGUUUUAUCGCCAGAUUUUAUUGAGAAAAUUGCUUUAAGACGAGUCGGUAGACCCGAUGAUGUGGCCAAUGCCGUGGCUUUUCUAGUCGACGACAAGUCGGCUAUAAUUACAGGAUUAAAACUUGCUGUAGACGGCGGUCAUUAA